CUCUCUCUCUCUCUCUCUCUCUCUCUCACACACACACACACACACACACACACACACACACCUCACUCCUCACUCACACACCACGUCCACUGAGAACUCAGCUGGCUGCGACCGCGCACACCCCGCCCCAGCGCGCGUCCCAGGCCGGUGGAGCGCAGAUCCAGAUCCCCAGCGCGGCCGCUUGGCCGGGUGUUCCCGAGCCUCAGGUGGCGCGGGAGGGAGAGCCCUCGCAUGACAAUCCGGCUACGCACGUCGAGACCUUCAGCCCUCCGGUCCUUGAGGGGAGUGGAACCAGCGAGUCUGCCACUCAGAGCCCACCUGCCGGCCCUCGCGGCCCCGCUCCAGCUGUGCCCGGCUCCGGACGCCAGCUCCACCGCUGGAACGCUACCCGAACCCUGCCUCCGUCUCCUGCGCCUCCCGAGUACCCCAGACGACCCGAAGAAGCAAGCGUGGCGCGACAGCGGGAGCUCGCAAUGGCCAGGGCGCGUGGGUUACUGUGUCUGUGGCUGGGUUGCUUCUGCCUGAACCUGGCGCAGGGACAGAGACCGAGCCUGCACCUCUCUGAGCCCCGCCGGGCUGGGACAGACGACCGCACGACAGGUGGUGACCCGAGUCCGGACCUGCCGCCCCACGACAAGGUGUCGGAGCAUAUGCUGUGGCUCUAUGAUAGGUACAGCGGCGGUAGUAGAGUUCAGGACACCCGGACGCCCGGCUCGCAGCCCCUGGGUCCCCAGCCCCUGCGCGGUGGCAACACCGUCCGCAGUUUCCGAGCCGCAGCUGCAGGAACUCUCGAAAGAAAGGGGCUGCACACCUUUAAUCUGACUUCUCUGACCAAGUCUGAAAAUGUUUUGUCAGCCACACUAUAUUUCUGUAUUGGAGAAUUAGUGAACAUCAGCUGGAGCUGUCCGGUAUCUCAAGGAUGUCCCCGUCAUGGGCAGAGACAACACAUGCAGAUAGAUCUCUCUGCGUGGAUCCUCAAUCCCAACCAAAGUCAGCUCCUGGGUCACCUCUCAGUAGAUGUGCCCAAACCUUAUCGAGACAGCAUGACUUGGCUGUCGAAAGACAUCACUCACCUCCUAAGAAAGGUCAAGCACAACGAGGAGUUCCUCAUAGGGUUUAACAUUACUUCCAGAGCGCAUGAGCAGCCCAGGCGCAUGCUACUUUCCCCGGAGCCUUACAUCUUGGUGUACGCCAAUGAUGCGGCCAUUUCUGAGCCAGAGAGUGUGGUAUCUAGCUUACAGAGACACCGAGAUUUCCCUGAAGGAACUGUGCCCAAACUGGAUAGCCACAUCAGAGCUGCCCUCUCUGUUGAAAGGAGGAAGAAGCGUUCUGCUGGAAUCCUGAUGCCUCUCCAGAACAAUGAGCUACCUGGGGCCGAGUAUCAGUACAAGGAAGAUGGCGUGUGGGAGCAGAGAAAGCCUUACAAGACCCUUCAGACUCAGCCCCCUGAAAAGAGUAAGAACAAAAAGAAACAGAGGAAAGGACCUCAUCAGAAAGGCCAGACGCUGCAGUUUGAUGAACAGACCCUGAAGAAGGCAAGACGAAAGCAAUGGAUCGAACCUCGAAAUUGUGCCAGGAGGUACCUCAAAGUGGACUUUGCUGAUAUUGGCUGGAGUGAAUGGAUUAUCUCCCCCAAGUCAUUUGAUGCUUAUUAUUGCUCCGGAGCCUGCCAGUUCCCCAUGCCAAAGUCUUUGAAGCCAUCAAAUCACGCGACCAUUCAGAGUAUAGUGAGAGCCGUGGGGGUCGUCUCUGGAAUUCCCGAGCCUUGCUGUGUGCCCGAAAAGAUGUCCUCGCUUAGCAUCUUGUUCUUUGAUGAGAACAAGAAUGUCGUGCUCAAGGUCUACCCUAACAUGACAGUGGACUCCUGCGCUUGCAGAUAACCCGGCAGAGAAGGGACUCCAAGGCUCGAUUCAGUCACUGGUUGGGUUUUAUGGACCAUUUCUUUCUUCUUUCCUUUCUUUUUUACUCUAUCUGUUUUUGCACUGCCAAUGCAUUUUGUCCCAAAAGAUGUUUUAUUGCAUAAAGAGAAUGAACAAAUAGAUUUAAGAGUUCCACCAAGCAAAACUGAACUUUAUUUUCUUCUGAAUGUAACUAAAAGUAAGAUUUUGGUAAAUGUGGACAUCUAUUUCUUUUUUUUAAUCACAUAAGAAAAGCUAUUACUCAAACUGACUAUAGGAGUGUUAUAGACGCUGUUGACUUAUUUUUGUAUUGGGAUUUAAAACUAGGUGGGAAAUAACAGCAAUAACUUCCCGUUAUCUCUACUCAUCUAACGACUAAAGAGACGUAGAUAGGAAUCUUGAGGUUUUUAUUAGUUUUCUUGUCUUAGAUUCAUGAGCAACCCAGUCUGCUAUACACCCAGCUGGCUUUGAUGUUCAUGUAAAGAAUUUCUGAGAUUUGUUUACCCUUGAUUUUUCUCCACAAUCAUGGUGUGUGUUGAGUUAGCAUACGCUGAGGGCUAGUGUGUAUAUACAUGUGCCAGGUGUCUGUACUUUUGUUAAAACCUUUUUCCUUUUGUGGUUCUGAAGCUCCAUCUUCAUGGGAUUCCUUUUUUUAAAUAUCGUAUUCUGAUGAGCACCAUCCACUGAUGAUUGCCGUGAUUCGAGAGCAUAUGCCAAGAGCAAUGCUUGAUCCAGCCACCUGAUGGGAUGUUUGCAUUUCACUGAGUUCCAGAAAAAAGAGAGUCAGGAAUUCCAUUUUGGAAAACCCAGAUGUAGCUCUCCUGUACCUCCUUUUUUUUUUUUUUAACAUUUUCAUAUGCUCUAAGCUAAUUUCGGAAGUACUUCCUGGAGUUAUCGGUUCUCUAGUUCUUCUGCUAAUUACUCUCUUUCUUUGUGUGCUGCUGUCCACAGAUGUUGACGCUUAAAACCCGUUAGAAAUGACCAUGUGCAUGACUAUCAUGUUCCCCACCUUUUCUAGGCUCUCCACCCCAGAGAUCAAGGUAUCAGCCUUCAUCAUGGAACUUAUAGUCACUUAUAUCAAAGUUUGCUAAAAGUUAUCCACUAUGAAAGAGAGCCAGUCCAGACCACAGGGUGUCUCCAGCUCCAAUAGUCAUAAGUGCCUCCUUUUAGAUUUUUUGUCCUUGAAAAUUGCUUUAUAGUCUUUCCCUCGGAAACUGGAAAGGUAUCUCAGUAGGUAAAAGUGCUUACUCCCCAAGUCAUUCUUAGGAUCAGCAUGGUGGAAGGAGAGGAAGAACGCCCAUAAGUUGUCUUCUAACCUGUGCUCACACGUGUGUGCACACGCGCGCGCGCACACACGCACACACACACACACACACACACACAUGCACAAUGUAAACAUUUAAAAGAUCCUGUGACUGUUUUUACCUGAAGGACAGAGUAAAUUCAGGUAGUGUGUGUCUGGCGGUUGUCUUUUAGAUCAGACUUACAUGCUGAUUAGAAAUAAGAAAGUCACUUCAGAGUGUAUGUGAGAUCUGAACCCAUGAGGCUUCAUCCCAUUUCUGCCUUUAGCUGUCUAUAGAGUUCAGCCAUUAUUAAAGGCAGAGAGUUUGCUUUCUAAGAUGAGCUGUCUCAUACAUAGUCUUUCAUGGGUGACAUUUUAAUUAAUAAAACUUUAUUUUUAAAGGAAUACUUAAAAGGUGCCUAUAUGCAACGUGUUAGGCACAAGUUUCCACACGGUGCCACUGUAAGAUUUUGAGAACUCUCCUAUAUAAUAUUGGGAUUGAUGGGGAAACCAUUACAUUUUUAAAAGCUGUUUUCUAGAUUAAACCUGCUUGGCCAUCUCUAUUUCUCUCUCCUUCCCUUUUCAACUUUACUCUUCCUCCUGUCUUUCCUUUCAAACACUGCUUUAGCCAUUUUUCCAGAUACACACACACACAAACCACACACACACCACACACACACACACACACACACACACACACACACACACACUCCACAAAAAGAUACACAGAAAGACAGAUACACACAGGGAGAGACAUUGGAAAAUAAAAUAAUUAUUUUUUAUUAAAUAAAAAGUCUACAAAAUCCACAAAAAAAAUACCACUGGGUUAGUUUUGUGUUGAGCAUAUUUAUUCCUGGGCACAGAGCCUACCCUGAAGUGUGGUUAACAUACCCAGCAACACUCGACUGGAGAAUACUAAUUUUUCAUCUGCAAGGGGGUAUCAGUUUCAGAAAGCUUCAUGAUUAGGGGUGGGAGCCUGUGUCUGCCUCCCCACUUAGAGUUAGGAUCCCAUCUGGCUUGACUCUGUGCAUUCUUUUCCUGAUAACUGUUUUCUGGAAUUCCAGUUAAGGGAUUACCCAUAUCCAUGCAGUAUUUCAAGAAUUCCUCAUUGUAACCUGUGUAAAUAAUAUAUAAUUUACAGAAUCUAAUGCUGGAGAAGGAAACUGGAUAUUGAAUGCCUUAGAUCUCAGGAUUGCAGUAUUCCAGAUUAAAUUUUACGCUCACCUAGCUAUGUAUUAACUGAUGAUCAUUUAUUCGUUAAUAUAAUGUUUUACUAUUUCUGUAUAAAAGUCUUAUUACCCAUUUAAUAUUUCAUAGACAAUUGUAAGUAAUACUAUCAUCAGUCUGACUUAUACAAUGUUUUUUUAACUACAUUAUUCAGUUAAUCUUGAAGCUUUAAAUUUUCUCUGUGCUAUCAAGUAACAAAUGUCUGAACAUGUUGAAUCAAGGUUGGGUUAGAGAAUAGCUAUGCAUACCUGAUCUGUAAGGAUGAGGAAGUAAGCAACUAAGUAAGAAAUCUUGGGUAAGUCUGAUUUCUCGGUAUUUUAAUGUAGCUUAUAAGGGAUAAAAUGAUCCCCCUUUUUCUAAAAACAAAGUUUUCCCUUCAACUUUUCACACUAAUUUCUGUAAAUGUUUAAGUUGAAAAUUUAAUGCUUGUACAGUCCAUGGCAAUUUAAAUAUAUAUUAUAUGUAUAUGGAAAAAGUUUAAACAUGCUUUUAAUUUAUUUAAUGACUGUUGCGUUUCUAUAUUGGUAAUGAUUUUCUUCCUUACAAGGUGAGAAAACAUCUUUUUUUUUUUUUAACUAUAGUUCCUAGAUGGGACAUGACAUUUGAUUCUUUAGGCAAGUCCCUGUCAAGGGUGUCUCAGUGUAACUGUGAAGGGAACUUCACUACUGAUGUAUUAAGCUUUGCUGAACUUGUAUCAUUCUCCCCCAGUAACAAAGGACUUUCAUUCUAUAUUACAAAAAUAAAAGCAGCUUAAUUGAA